ACUGCUGUCUGGAGAUCAAAUUAUUACUGUAGAGAAGAUCUUUAUUUUUUCUGUUUCAUUAACAGAUUAUUAUAAAGCAAUAAGCAUGCAGGAAGAGAAGCAGACGUUUUACGUUGGGAAUUAAUGAAAGCACGUCUGCUCGUUUUUUGGAGGUGGAGAGCGGAGAGUUGUUUAAAACCUCAUCCCACCCCCACAAACAAAACUCUUCGGAAAUGGUAAAACAAGGAAAUGCAUGAUUCCAGAGGCAUCCCUAAGCACUCAGGUGUCAGGCUAUGUGGUGUCUUGUGAUAUCUUCGGACCUUUUGGACGGGUCUAGCCUGCAAAUCAAAGGUCAGCUGGGGAAAUCAUUAAAGAAGAAAUCUAAAAGAAGCUUCCAAUGCUUCGGACCACCCUAAAAGAGAAAGGAAGAAAAUGUUCGGGGAAGGCGAGGGUUCCGGGAAGCUGAGGAAGGGGCGGGCGCCCUCGGCACCCGGGCUUCUCCGGGCGCUGCCCUAAGGGAAGAGGGUGGGCCUGAGGUCCUGAUCCAGCCUUUCCAAGCCCCCACUUCAAAUGCCGGGAGGGAAAAGUUCAGAAGGAGCCACAAGGGGACAAAAGCCUAAUUUUGCCAGUUCAACAAGACAGGACAUUCAAUUAACCCAGCCAACUCUGGAAACGGGUCGAGGCGCCUGUUGGCUCCACAGAGCCUGAAGCAGCCCCUGCCGCCGCCCUCGCCACCGCCGCCGCCGCCGCCGCCGCCGCCGCCACGGCCCCUGCGUUACUGGGGGAGACGGUGCCGCUGCGACAGGGGAGGACGCGGCUGGAGCUCAAGGAGGCUCCAGCGCGCAGGCGCCGCCGAGCCCUGCCUGGAUGCUCAGUCAAGGCACUAAGGCAAAAAAAAAAAAAAAAAAAUCAGCAAUUUAUAGAAAGAAGAAGCUAUAGUCUGUCGGGAUAUCCAACACCAACAGUACAUUCAGACAAUGCAUCUUCAGUAGGGCUUAUUGAGAGCUUCAUUUCUGGAAAGCGUUGCAAGACUGAGGAAUAUCAGACUGCGAAUCACCGGGAACAGUUCCCUUGCAGCACAGAAGCAAUCUCUCUCCCCAUCUUCGCAUAUUCCGAUGGCAAAUCAACUGGAAGAAAAGAGGAAGCAUGACUGCAGAUCGGAUCAGUUCUCUUUGUGGAUUACAUUUCCAGUAAAAUGUAUGGAUCUAUCUUUUCCUUGUUCUUAUAUCUAGAUCAUGAGACUUGACUGAGGCUGUAUCUUUAUCCUCCAUCCAUCUAUGGCGAACUAUAGCCAUGCAGCCGACAACAUUUUGCAAAAUCUUUCUCCUCUGACAGCCUUUCUGAAACUGACUUCCUUGGGUUUCAUAAUAGGAGUCAGCGUUGUGGGCAACCUUCUGAUCUCCAUUUUGCUAGUGAAAGAUAAGACUUUGCAUAGAGCACCUUACUACUUCCUGUUGGAUCUUUGCUGUUCAGAUAUCCUCAGAUCUGCAAUUUGUUUCCCAUUUGUAUUCAACUCUGUCAAAAAUGGCUCUACCUGGACUUAUGGGACUCUGACUUGCAAAGUGAUUGCCUUUCUGGGGGUUUUGUCCUGUUUCCACACUGCUUUCAUGCUCUUCUGCAUCAGUGUCACCAGAUACUUAGCUAUCGCCCAUCACCGCUUCUAUACAAAGAGGCUGACCUUUUGGACGUGUCUGGCUGUGAUCUGCAUGGUGUGGACUCUGUCUGUGGCCAUGGCCUUCCCCCCAGUUUUAGAUGUGGGCACUUACUCCUUCAUUAGGGAGGAAGAUCAAUGCACCUUCCAACACCGCUCCUUCAGGGCUAAUGAUUCCCUAGGAUUUAUGCUGCUCCUUGCUCUCAUCCUCCUAGCCACACAGCUUGUCUACCUCAAGCUGAUAUUUUUUGUCCACGACCGAAGGAAAAUGAAGCCAGUCCAGUUUGUAGCAGCAGUCAGCCAGAACUGGACUUUUCAUGGCCCCGGAGCCAGUGGCCAGGCAGCUGCCAAUUGGCUAGCAGGAUUUGGAAGGGGUCCCACACCACCCACUUUGCUGGGCAUCAGGCAAAAUGCAAACACCACGGGCAGAAGAAGGCUAUUGGUCUUAGAUGAGUUCAAAAUGGAGAAAAGAAUCAGCAGAAUGUUCUAUAUCAUGACUUUCCUCUUCCUAACCUUGUGGGGCCCCUAUCUGGUGGCCUGUUAUUGGAGAGUUUUUGCAAGAGGGCCUGUAGUACCAGGGGGAUUUCUAACAGCUGCUGUCUGGAUGAGUUUUGCCCAAGCAGGAAUCAAUCCUUUUGUCUGCAUUUUCUCCAACAGGGAGCUGAGGCGCUGUUUCAGCACAACCCUUCUUUACUGCAGAAAAUCCAGGUUACCAAGGGAACCUUACUGUGUUAUAUGAAGGAGCAUCUGUAAAUCUUUAGCCUUGUGAAACACUAACCUUCUCUGCUAAGCGAUUGUGGCCUGUAGCCAUAUCUUGAGAAGAAAAUCAAGAAUGGGAUCAGAGGUUAUAAGGAUUUGGGCAACAUUCUGCAGUCUUUGCAAUAGUUCACCUAUAAUCCUAUUUUAAAUCUCAGAGUGAUCCUGCUGAUGGCCGGCGAAGGUUUGUAAUUAAGAAAGGACUGAACCACUGCCCUAAGUUUCUUUAUGUGGUUGAAAACUAGAUAAUGAAAGUAGCAGGUGCUAAGUAUCAGUGCUAAAUGCUGUGUAUAUCACUACUUACGACAAAACAUCAAAAAACAAUUAGCAUUGGACAUCUUAAUAAAUUAAGUUGACAUGAGGUAAAUGUGUUGAUAAAAACUAAUUUUAGAAGUUUGAAGACUUUAAAACAUUUCAUACAAUUAUUGUUUUGCAAAGACUGAAAUAUUUGGGAACUUAAAGUACUGUAAUCCACUAAAGACGUGCCAUGAAUUAUUGGAUUAUCACACUUUUAAAAAAUCGCCUUGUAAGUGUUUGGGAGCAUUCCAAAGCAGUAUAUUGGUUCCAAUUAGAGUUUACUUUUCUUUUUUUAUUAAUACAUUACUAUUUCUAAAUACCACUUUCCUUACCUACUAGUGAAAUUGCUAGCAUUGAGCUGUAUUAUGUGAUUUUUGUUGAUUUGGUAUAAAGUUUUUCCGAUUCAUUUAUAUUUUAUGAAUGCUAGAUAUUGGUCUGGGAGGCAACAUUAAUGGUACAACUGGUCACAAUCGAGCAGUUCUAAUAAUGCAGAAUAAACACAUGUUGCCUUAAGGGUUAUCUAGUAUCUUUCAUCUUAUUUAGAAUUGGAGAAUGUAGUCAAGGGAAAUGGAAUCGGUAACUGGUCAUGGGCAUACAUCUGGAAGUGCAUGGACGAUCAUUUAAAACUUUUUCCUUUUUCCUCACAUGGUUUGAAAAUUAAGGUGCACAUCACUGGGAUGAGCUUUUCUUCUGAGGUGUGCUACCCAUUCUAGUGGGUUCUAAGAAGCAGGCAGUUGAUGUAUGUUUAUAUUUUAAAUCAGCUGUCAAGGGGAGACCACAGCCUUAGUAUGACAUCCUGCACAAUUUGUGAAGCAUUUAUUCUACCGAAGGCACAGUCUUUGUUUAUACUUUCUGCACAUUUAGUGUAUUGGUCGUUUAAAUUAUUUCAGUUUUAACUUGUGAAAGCUUAUAAUAUUAUUUCUGGUAUUUUAGAAAUACAUUAGAGUCUGUGAGUCUCAUUCUUUAAGAUACAGAUGUGUGAAUUUCAAUAUAAAGUUGCAUUUGCCAAAAUUUACCCGUGUAGCCUGUUACUUUUUUUUGGAAUAAAUUUUACAUUUUUGGCACUUAACAAUUUUUUUUGACCUGGGAGGCAAGCACAAACUAGGAAAACUAGCUUUAUUAUGGUUUUGUUUUUUGAUUUUUGUAGCUUCUAUAUUCUGGAACUGGAAAUGCAUGAAUGGUAGGGAGCAUAAAGCUGAUAAACUGACAAAUAAUAAUAUCCACAAGAGCAUUAUUUGGUAGCUUAUCAUAAUUAUCCCUCUAUUUAUUCUUACAAGCCAGUAAUAUUUAGAGAAGUAUACCUGUUUAGUUGGUUGUUUCAGAAUUUUGUUAUAAAUAGCACAUUUAAAUUUGGGGCACAGUAGAAACUUGGGGUUCUAAAUAUAUAACUUGCAAGAAGAACAGUUUACAAUAACAUGACAAAGCCAGAAAGUUGUUAUUGUUUUUGCUUGUUUUCCAUUGUUUUUGUUUGUUUGGGUUUUACUUAUUUUAUUUUUGUACUUGAAAAGUAAGAUUAGGAAUCUAAUGGAACAGAAUUCUUUAUUACUACAGUACUUCUGUAAAGAGAAUAUAAAUAUAAAUAAGGAAAAAUAAAUCACUGAAAUGUCUCAAUGAUAUAUGCAACUAUUCCAUUUUGCUCUUAUAAGGACAACUCAAGCCGUGACUUAGUGAGCACUGUUUGACCUCAUUUUUACUUUAUACCAAAGUUGAUUGGAUCUGAGACAAAGUUUAAUGUACAACAGUGAAUUGAAUCUAGCAAUAAAGGCCCUUUGUUGGCACUAAAAUAAUUAUCCGAAAUACAAUAAAGGAAAUGUUAUUGAAAGAUACUCUGAUAACAUUAUGUUUCCAACUCAAAAAAAUUUACAGUAGAGACAUAAUUAUGAUGAUUAUAUUUAUAGAGAAUUUUGCUUAGAGGUUCAAAUAUCACCAGCAAUCAGUAGGAAAUUCAGCAACAAUCUUGAGGCCAGAGAGGCCAGAUUUUAUCAACACUAGCCUCCAUUACAUAGAGAAGAACACCAGGGCAUGAAUUAAGAGUAGGGGAUUGAGGGGUCAAGAGCAGCAGCCAAGUGAGAUUGCCUGACUCCACCUAGCUACUUGGAAUAACAGAUUCCAACAGCCUGGGGAAGUGAUCAGCUCCAAUGGUCAGUGAAUAAUACUGAACUGUAGUGACUUUCGUGUAAGCCUACUCUUGACUAACUCGGCAUUUCAGGUCAAGGGGCAAGCAGUGAGUGAGAUACAUCCCCAGUUAAUCAACGCCAUUUGUAAGUCAAUGAGUAAUGGUAGCAAUCAUAUAAAAUAAAAGUCUGCUUCAGUGUCUUAAUGACCAAAUCGCAUUCUCUCUUUUGGCACCCAUUCCAAUAUUCAAUAUUUAAAAACAGUUGGUAACUAAUUUAAGUUGAAAAUGUUACUAAUCUUCAACCCAUAAAAAUACAUUCGCACUGGGGAGUUCAACUUCCCUGUAAGAAAGACCCAUUAUCAAUAAUAAUGUGUCCCUCUUGGACUAAUUACAUCUGAGCUGAGCAGUCUUUAAAUCGUUUUCCUUAAUAGUGGUGAUGUGUUUGCAUAGAUGUGUCUGUACUGUCUCAUCUGGUUCCUUUGGUGCAUAGUAUAUUCAUUUGUGAGAUGCCUGACUGGAGUCAGGCUUUCAGUCUGUGACUGUGGAAUGCUAUGCAGAUAUUAACAGAGGCAGAAAGAGGUGAGUAACUUGCCCAGUUUCCCACAGACGCCUCAUUUAAAUGAACCAUAGUGAUAAGAUUAAAAAUUAUUUGUAGGACAAUCUAUUGACUGAGUUGUCUUUUUCGAAUGUUGUUAGCUGGCUGGAUUUUAACACCAGUAUUUUUCAUAGAGGUUAACUGAUUUGUAUUGAUAACACAUGGAUAUGGCCACAUAGCCAUUUGCCUCUGCUUCCAUGAACGCUACCUGAAUUGCUUAUUCAUUUAUUCACUCACUCAACGAAUGUCUGUUGGGCACUGGGCUUGGUGCUGGGAGCACAGUGGAAAACAAGCAGAACAGUCAUACAGAUUUCUUAGUCUAGUGGGAAAGAUAAUUAAAUACAUAGUAGCAAUGAGUUAUGAGUGUUAUGAUAGUAAACAUUUCUAAGAUGGACGUGGUAUUAAUGGCCAUAAAUGGGACUGUUCUCCAUUUUCCCUUCAGUGCCUUAUCUGCUACCUUUUCCCAGUAAUCCUUGGGAUCUUUUAUAUGGCAUACUCCCUCAAUUCAGAGGGAACCCCCAUUCUGCUCAUACUUCAUUUAGAUGAAUCAUCAUGUUGUGUUUUGGAACACUGAGUUCCCAUGUUGUUAACGCUAUAUACAAAAUAACAGGUCAGUUUUGCUGAGUGUCCUGAAUGUCCAUUUCCACAUAAGAGAGAUUUCAGUUCCUUCAAGAGGCAUGGAGGUGUCUUUUCUUCCAUACUCAUAACUUCCUGCAAGUUAGUGUGAGGAUGCUUGGGUAAGGAAGGCACUAAGAUGCAGACUCCCAGGGAGCCUCCCAUGGUGCUCAAGCAAAGAUGGGAGCAAACUGUGAAACGGUACAUAUCUUUUAUUAUUAAAGCAUGCCACUCCUUCCAUUUUUUUAUUGUCCCUUAUUGAAGAUACAACAAAACUCCCUAACCCCCUAUCAGUUGAAAAGUUUGGCCUUCAAAAUUUAUUUCUAUUGCAAAUACAGUGAAAUGUAUUUAUAAUUAUAGAGAGACAAACUUCUUUUCAUUUAAACUGUGUGGAACUGAGUGGUGUUGCAAUCGAGAUUACUGUAGUACACUUGCAAACAAAACCAAAACUCUUCACUGUGUAUUCACCAUUAUAUGAAUUUGCUUUGUUUCAUUCUUUAUUUUAUUCCACGUGUGGCAUAGACUGUAUUGUUAUUAAAACAAAAAAAAAAUCCCAGCUUAUAUUAAUUCCGUAUGAAAAGAAAAGAAGGAAGAUAAGAUGAUAAAUCGUAAUGUUUCAAAUACUGGCUAAACACAUUAAGGUAGACGGUUACGAGAAUUGUGGGCUAUUUAUGAUUCCAAAAACUUGUGAGUUUGUUUUCUAUGCAAAAAUACAUCGCUUUCAUGUUUGUUAAUAUUCUCUUAUAAAUGUUUUGAAUGGAAACUGCAGGGUCUACUAAGAUAAUUGUUUAUUGCUGACACUUUUUAUUGUUGUUCUCAACUCUGGGCUUGCUAGUGUUCUGUGACUUUACCAAUUCCCUCAGAAACUUUUUUGACACCAUUUAAAAAUGAUAGAAUUGCUCAAUUUUGAGGCACAAGUUCAUAAUUAGUCUAUGGAGUGUUGAAACAAAGAUGUCAUUUGUAAAUGACUAGCUUAUUUUUUGCCAUCAGUCAAAACAGUCAAAUAAGUUAAAGCGAUAUUGAGAACUGGAGCAACGAAGCAAAGAUUUUUUUGGCUAACUCUUUUUGCGUUGUACUCCAAUGUAACAGGCUCUAAAAAAUAUAUUAAAACCAAGAGGUUUUAACUUUAUAAAAGGAUUAUAUAAAUAAGACCUGGUUUUUAAAAUGCAGAAGUAGCUUCUUUAUCAUCUCCUUCUGCCAAAGGGAUGAUGUCCAUUAGCUGCUCAAACCCUUUGGAUUAAAAGGCUUUUAAAGCCAGUUUUCCUCCCACUAGACCAGGGAGUUAAUACGAGGGCUGGAGCCCUGAAAGGCCCCUGGAGAAAGGCAAAGAGAUGUUCCCCUCUGAGUGAUUGGAGGAAGAGGACUCAAAGGAGCCACAGGUGGUUUGAGGUUUAGAAUUGCACACACUUGGCCGUUGCAGCCAGACCCCAGCUCCUUCUGGUGCCGUGAGACAACAUCAUCCUCCGGAAGACAUAGGUUUUCAAGCUCAGCUUGGAGGCAGAAAACAGUUCCUUUUUUAUCUCUGUGUGUUUGGAAAAUAACAGAUUCUUGACACAAAUUUUUAAAUUGACACUGUAAUGCAUAUCUUGGUUUAUGAGGCUUUGAAUAGACAAUAAAAUAACAUUUAACUUGUAUGGAUAUUCAAGGUCGUGGGGUCAAGAAGUAAGUCACUUAUUAUAUCAUGGGAAAAAGUUAUUACAAUAUUAAAAACUUUAAAGCUGGAUUGAUAAUCAAGCUUAAACUAGGUAAAAUUAAUUUGGGGUUUUUUUUCAUAGCUUUAAGAAAGCAAAAAUCUGACUAGAUGAAAGAGGAAUUUGUUCUUUUCUCCUCCAUCAAAAAAAUGUUGAAUUGAGAGUUCAUAUUCUCCAGUGAAAAAGGAAAUUUUUGAUCAUUUCUAGUAAGCAUUUUUGCUUAAACAUAAUUCAAUUCAACAAUCAUUUAUUGUAUGCCUACUGUAUGUAUGAUCUUGGGCAAGUUACUUAACCUUUUUAUGCCUCUUCAAUAAAAAGGGGAUACUAGGACGUACGUCCUGGGGUUAUUGAGAGGAUUCAAUGAGUGCAUCCUUGUGAAGCCCUUAGAAGAGAGUCUGGCAUCUUAACUAAAUUUUCCUUUUUACUGGUUCCCUCAUAGUUCACCAUCUAUAGCAGCAGAGACACAAACAAAUUAUGAGACAAUGUGAUAAGUGCUGUAGGGGAGGUAUGUGAGAGAAGUGUUAAAGAAACACAGAUAGGCAAUUAACUCUGUGAAGAUGGGAGAAGGAAGGUGAGAGAGAAAAAGUGACAACUGAACUCAGUCUCGAAGGAUCACUUUAAUUUUAUCUUCUUGACAAAGUUAGGAAAGCCGUUUCGGACAGAGGAAAUAAAGAAAUGAGCAAACGGCAAAGAGAUCUGAAAGCUCAUGAUGUGUUCAACCCAGAGAUCUACUAAUCAGAGAAGUUUAAUGCGAUGUGGCUGGCACUGAGGUCCCUGUAAGGGGAGGGUCAGCAUGGCAUAGAGGUUAAAAGGCACAACACUUGGAAGUUGAAGUCCUUCUGUUCCUUGCUGGCCUGAUGAUCUUGAAUAAGUUAGUUAAACUCUUUGAAUCUGAAUUUGCUUAUCUGUAAAUGAGGGAAUAGGUAGUAGCAAGCACUACUUUCAACGCUUGGCUUUGAAGAUUAAGUGAGAUAAUAAGAACAACCGUUAUUAAGUACUUACUUCCUGCCAAAGACUGUUCUAAAUAUUCUUCAUAUUUAACUCUGAUUACCACAAUAAGUAGAUGGCAUUGCUAUCCAUUCUUUGCAAAUGAAGAAACUGAAGCACAGAGAAGUUAAGUAACUUGCACAAGUUAGUAAUAGGCAAAACAUGGAUGUAAAGCGCUCACUGCAGUACCCAGCCCAGAGUGAACUUUUAAUAAAUGUUGCCUGUUGUUGUUGCUGC